AGUUAAACAAAUAUGGCUGCUCUGCCCCGUAGAAUAAUCAAAGAAACGCAGCGUCUGAUGCAGGAACCCGUCCCCGGUAUCAGUGCCAUACCGGACGAACAGAAUGCCCGUUACUUUCACGUAAUCGUGUUCGGCCCGGAGGAUUCACCGUUCGAGGGUGGUCUGUUCAAGCUAGAGCUGUUCCUGCCCGAGGAUUAUCCGAUGUCGGCACCAAAGGUGCGUUUCAUAACAAAAAUCUAUCAUCCAAACAUCGAUCGUCUCGGACGAAUCUGUCUAGACAUUCUUAAGGAUAAGUGGAGCCCAGCGCUGCAGAUUCGUACCGUGCUGUUGUCGAUCCAAGCACUGCUGAGCGCACCGAACCCAGACGAUCCGUUGGCGAACGAUGUGGCCGAGCUGUGGAAAGUGAAUGAAGCGGAAGCGAUUCGAAACGCCAAGGAGUGGACGCAACGGUACGCGAACGUCGACAACUAGAUUCUGAUUAACCAAUUUCCUUAAA